AUGAGAUCUUGGCCGGGCCGGGAAGUCUGGUCGGGCGCGGGGCGUUUUGCGGUUCUUCUUCUUUGCAUGUUCCAGCAUGAUGAUGAUGAUGAUGAGGGACGUGGUUCUGCGAUUUCGAAGACGCAGACUUCGGAGCUUGAUGAUGAGCUCCAUGUUGCAAUGCAGGUUGCCAGCCGUCAUGUGUCAUCAUCAGGGCGCUCUGCUUUCAUGCAGCCCUACAACAAGGCCACGGGCGAGUGUGACGCAUUCAGUGCUACACUGUCGGUGCCGAACUUGUCGCAACGACGGGAGGAUCACGAUGUACGGUCGCAAAGUGUCAUCCGCGAGCCUCUUCCAUGGGCCUGGGUCAAGGGAAACGGAGAGCCUGCCUGCUGUGACCGCCCGGUCGCAACACCAAACAUGAAGCAGCGCAGCAUCAAUUGGUGGCUUGGACGUGUGGCAUGUCGAAGCAGCCUGCAGAUUCGUGUGGCUCGCGCUGGCGUGCCUGCGACCAGCGAUAGCGAUGCCACUUUUCGAGUCAAGGAUUGUUCUGUACAUACGGUCAUGGAGCCGCCAGAGACCCUGCAAGCAAGCAAGCAGCAGGGAUGCCAACACCGACUUCACUCGGGACGAGUAUAUGAGCGUGCACGGCAGGAGCCAGUGAGAGAGCACGCCAUGGCGGUGACAGAAUGUGCCGCGUGUAUCAGCUUCUCACGUUGGUGUAAUGCUUUCACGAUUCUCGAAUUGAGGCCGCCGCGCUUUGCGAGCACUCAUGGGCCGCCUGGAUGGUGA